AUGAUUUACUUACGUGACAGUUUUCGGAGUAACCUUUGUCAUCAUUUCAGUGACGGCCGACCAGGUGUAGCCGGUAGCGCCGGCAUUCGUGGACCUCAAGGUGAUCGCGGCAGUAAAGGGCCACUUGGUUCGCCGGGUCCAGUUGGUCCACCGGGACCUGUUGGACAGUCUGGAUCGUGCUCCCAUUGCCAAGUGAACGUUCACAAGCCUCAUCGAACAAAAUCGCCAAGUUCCGUGCCUCCAAGUCCUAUCACGCACGAAACACCCGAUCUUGGCUACGGCGAAGAAGUUUCCAGUGAGCCAAGAGUGCAACCAACUCGACCACCGACAUCAACGAGACCUCCCACAACACAAAAGAAACCUUCACCAUCGCCGGUCACAUCACCACCUGCCUCAUCUCAGCCGCCACCACCAGCAUAUUACUCUGACGUAAUGAGCCACUGA